GUGGGUGAUGGCGCGGGGAGUGUCUGCAUCCCUCUCUCCUCUGUCCUCUGCCUCGCUGGUCACAUGUUCGCACUGCUCAGCAUCAGAUGUGCCAGAGUGAUUGAGCAGCAGCGCUUUUAAAACAGACCCGAGCCGGGACCCUCGUUGGGGAAUGGCCUCUGAACGGGACGGAUCCAACUCCACCAGGAACCUGACCAACCAGUUCGUGCAGCCGCCGUGGCGCGUCGCGCUCUGGUCCAUCGCCUACAGCGUGGUGCUGGCCGUGGCCGUGUUCGGGAACCUGAUCGUGAUCUGGAUCAUCCUGGCGCACAAACGCAUGAGGACGGUGACCAACUACUUUCUGCUCAACUUGGCUUUCUCCGACGUCUCCAUGGCCGCGUUCAACACGCUCGUCAACUUCAUCUACGCGGCGCACGGAGAAUGGUACUUCGGAGAGGUCUACUGCCGGUUCCACAACUUCUUCCCCGUCACCGCUGUGUUCGCCAGCAUCUACUCCAUGACCGCGGUAGCCAUCGACAGGUACAUGGCCAUAAUCCACCCUCUGAAACAGCGUCUGUCGGCAAAGGCCACCAUGGGAGUCAUCGCCUGUAUCUGGAGUCUGGCCGUGGUCCUCGCCUUCCCCCUCUGCUUCUUCUCCACCACCCGAGCUCUGCCUCACAGGACGCUCUGCUACGUGGCCUGGCCCCGCAUGGCCAACGACCCCUUCAUGUAUCACAUCAUAGUGACAGUUCUGGUCUACGUGCUGCCCUUAGUGGUGAUGAGCAUCACUUACACCAUUGUGGGGGUGACUCUGUGGGGAGGGGAGAUCCCCGGAGACUCGUCCGAUAACUAUCACGGGCAGCUCCGAGCCAAGCGGAAGGUGGUGAAGAUGAUGAUCAUUGUGGUGGUGACCUUUGCCCUCUGCUGGUUGCCCUAUCACGUCUACUUCAUCGUGACGGGUCUCAACAAGCGUCUGAGCAAGUGGAAGAACAUCCAGCAGGUCUACCUGUCGGUGCUGUGGCUGGCGAUGAGCUCCACCAUGUACAACCCCAUCAUCUACUGCUGCCUCAACAGCAGGUUUCGGGCCGGUUUCAAGCAUGUGUUCCGCUGGUGUCCCUUUGUCCACGUCUCGAGCUACGAUGAGCUGGAGCUCCGAAACACGAGACUGCGACCUGGUUACCAGAGCAGCAUGUGCACCCUCUCACGGGUCGACACCAGCAUCCUCAGCAAAGACAAGAGUGUUUAUUGUCAUGGAAACAGGUCAAGAAGACUCAACUCUGAGCCCAAUAAUAAAGACAGUUAGCUGGACACACGCCAGCUGAAUGUCGACAGGGUUGUUCGAGUUGAUAAAUGCAGAUUGCAGUGUUUUUUGUUGCUGUUUAAUUAUAGAGAUGUGAGCUAUAGGGAUGGGCUGUGGUACAAUAUGGGGCGAGGAUGUUUUCGAGCACAUAUAAUAAUAAAAAAAUGUCAUAAAAAGAGUUUCAUAUUGUAGCUUUAGGGAAUUUUAACUCAACCCAAUACAUGAAUGUCUUUAUUUCAGAAUUUAGAGUUGAAUGUCUUUUAAAUUGUAAAAUGCUGCUAUUCAUAAAUUUGCAAUCUUAUUUUGUUGCUAUUAUGUAUCCUAACAAAAUCCCCAAAAAAUUAGUCCAACUAGUCAGUGAGUAAUUAAUUUAUAUGUGGAUUCGUAACAGUAGUAUUACUAGAAAGUGUUUCAUGAAGACAUUUGUUGCUAAAUGCCUUUGAUUUUCCUAAUGAGAUAUCGCAUUCAUGCUCAUGUGCUGUACUUCCUUGGGUUUGAUACAUUUUGAUUAUAGUCAUUAAAUAAUGUUGACGCUUUGGUAAAACAUGGUUGAUGGUUAGAGCCAUGGUGUUUUAAAUGAUUACAUCAUAUUUGUAUGUUUUAUAAGAUUCUUUGUCAGCAUCAUGUACUUUAAGCUGCAUUAUCGUCACGUUAUCCUUGCAUGCUAUAUUACAUAACUUGGUACUUUAUGGAUUUAUUAAAUGUCAUACUCACUGUAGACAUACUGUACAUUUAAUCCCAUCAGACCACGACUCAGUGAUUUCAUCCAGCAGUGACGCUCUAACAACACUGAUGCCCUUAAAUCUGAAAUGAAAUGCAGCUCGUUGCAUUUUAUGACCAAAUGUAAAUUCACAAGGGCUCGCUCAUGUUUUUGUUAGUUGGAGAAAGCCUGUGCCAUCUUUAAAUGUGCUCAAAUUAUGCUUUCUUGUGGACUUUAUGCAAAUUAUGCUUUCUUGUGGACUUUUGUACGUAAUAAAUGUGCCUUAGAACUUGA